GGUGAUGGUACUAAAGGCGGCGGCACUGGCGAAGAAACUGUGACGGUCGGGAAGUUGAGUGGGGAAGACGCGCCUGGUGGCGCGUUAAACGGGUUGAGUACUGCGGCUGUGAAGCUGCAGAAGGUCUACAGGAGUUACCGUACCCGCCGUAGGUUAGCGGACUCCGCAGUCGUCGCCGAAGAAAUGUGGUGGCAAGCUAUAGAUUAUGCAAGAUUGAACCACAGCACGAUAUCGUUUUUCAAUUUCGCGAAACCUGAGACCGCGGCCUCUAGGUGGAGUCGUAUCAGCUUGAAUGCUUCCAAGGUUGGCAAAGGUUUGUCUAAAGAAGGCAAAGCACAGAAGUUGGCUUUUCAGCAUUGGAUUGAAGCAAUUGAUCCGCGACAUCGAUAUGGACAUAGCUUACAUUUGUACUAUGAAGAAUGGUGUAAAGUUGACUCCGGUCAGCCAUUUUUCUACUGGUUAGACAUUGGAGAUGGCAAGGAGCUUGACCUUAAAGAAUGCCCAAGAGAAAAACUUCGGCAACAAUGCAUUAUAUACCUUGGUCCUCAAGAGAGGGAAGAAUAUGAGUUUGUCGUUGUGGAAGGAAAGAUUAUUCACAAACUAACUGGAACUUUCCUAGACACGAAAAGUGGAUCUCAAGGGACCAAGUGGAUAUUCGUUAUGAGCACUUUUAAGAAACUCUAUGCGGGUCUGAAAAAGAAAGGAAGGUUCCAUCAUUCCAGCUUUUUGGCUGGGGGGGCAACAUUAGCAGCUGGACGGCUAGAGGCUGAAAAUGGGACUCUCAAGACCAUCUCUGCAUAUAGUGGGCAUUACCGGCCAACAGAUGAAAGCCUUAGCACCUUUUUAUCUUUCCUCAAGGAAAACGGGGUGAAUCUUAAUCAAGUUCAGGUAAAUAAGGCCAACGAAGAAUCUGAUAGCUACGAUGAUGGAAAAUACAAUGGCAUUGAGAAUACAGUCAAUGUUUCCACAAAACCAGACUCUGCUGAACCUAAGACCUCCGAAGAAGAGGAGAAGAACUUGUCUGUGGAAUCAUCUGAAGUUGACCAAAAAGAGGCCAAAGCCAAUUACCAGAGGACAUUAUCUGGCGGUCUUCAAAGUCCAAGAAUUGAGGUGCCUAAAACUGCUGUACUGCAAAGAAUCAGCUCCAAGAAAGCAGCACAAUCAUAUCAGUUAGGCCACCAGCUCUCUCUCAAGUGGACAACAGGUGCUGGCCCAAGAAUUGGAUGUGUUGCUGACUACCCAGCGGAAGUGAGGAUGCAGGCACUGGAGUUUGUGAACCUAUCUCCAAGGUCUCCUCCUACCCCGUCUACCUAUAGGCAUAUUGCUGGACUCGUUUCGCCUACAGCUCAGUACAAAUGGGUCACGUCACCUACACCGCAGCACAAGUCGGAUAACUGUAAUGGCGAUGGGAGCUCUGAUGUGGGAAUUUCCAUGAAUCACUAAUUUUUCCUACUUCCUGUCUAAUGCCUUUUCUUUUCACUGUAAAUACCUGGUACUGCCUUUGUGUUACUUGAUCUUUUCAGUAGUGGUUAUAGUCUUAUCUAUGUUGCCUGUGUCACUUUUCAACAUCACUAGUUUCAACAUUAGUCACAGUAGAUGAGUACCAUAUAUUCUCUGGAUGUUCAAAGUUGACAUUUCCCUACCCCCACCCCCAAUGAGAAAAAUCUGGCCUCGUUUGACUUGCAAAGUCAUGGGAUGACAAAA